UUUAACCAAGUUGCCGAUUGUUCUCCGUGUCCCAUUUCUCUUUUCUAUAUAUACACACAAAAACACAGUCAACCAUAGUAAGGUGAUUAGACAGAGAGAGAAAAGAAAAGAGAAUGGGCAGCCGUCCUCACUCCUUUUCCAGCUUCAAAUCCUACCUCCACGCCCUCUCCGACACCCCAAACCGCCUCCGCCGCCGCGCCUGCUCCGUCUCCACUUCCUUAGAGGAGACCAACCGCGUCCGCGCCCGCUCCGGCUCCGAACUGAAGCGAUCCCUCGCCUGGCACGACCUCAUCGGCUUCGGCGUCGGCGGCAUGGUCGGCGCCGGCGUCUUCGUCACCACCGGCCGCGCCAGCCACACCUGCGCCGGCCCCGCCGUCGUCCUCUCCUACGCCAUUGCCGGCCUCUGCGCCCUCCUCUCCGCCUUCUGCUACACCGAGUUCGCCGUCGACAUGCCCGUCGCCGGCGGCUCCUUCAGCUACAUCCGCGUCACCUUCGGCGAGUUCCCCGCCUUCCUCACCGGCGCCAAUCUCAUCGUCGACUACGUCCUCUCCAACGCCGCCGUCGCGCGUGGCUUCACCUCCUACCUCGGCACCGCCCUCGGCCUCCCCGCCAACGCCCAGCUCCGCUUCACCAUCCACUCCCUUCCCAGGGGUUACAACGAGAUUGACCUCAUCGCUGUCAUCGUGGUGCUGCUCAUCACAUUCAUAAUCUGUUACAGCACGAAGGAGAGUUCGUGGGUGAAUAUGUCGCUGACGGCGCUGCACAUUCUGUUCAUCGCCUUCGUGAUAGCGGCGGGAUUCUGGAGAGGGAAGCUGGUGAACUUCACGGAGCCGGGGGAUCCGGAAAAUGCGGGCGGAUUCUUCCCUUUCGGGGCGUCGGGGGUGUUCAGCGGGGCGGCGGUGGUGUACGUGAGCUACAUCGGAUACGACGCCGUUUCGACGAUGGCGGAGGAGGUGGAGAAUCCGGAGAGGAACAUCCCGAUCGGAGUGACGGGGUCGGUGGUGAUCGUGAGCGUCCUCUACUGCUUGAUGGCGGCGUCGGUGUCGGCCCUCCUCCCUUACGAUAUGAUCGAUGCGGAUGCGCCGUUUUCGGGGGCGUUUUCGGAGGGGCCAUCGGGGGUGAAGUGGGUGUCCAAUGUGAUCGGUGUGGGGGCCAGUUUCGGGAUCGUGACGUCACUGUUGGUGGCGAUGCUGGGUCAGGCUCGCUACAUGUGCGUCAUCGGGAGGUCUUGCGUGGUCCCCACUUGGUUUGCUCAGGUCCACCCUUCCACCUCUACUCCUGUCAACGCCUCCUCCUUUCUCGGGAUCUUGACAGCAGCCAUCGCUCUGUUUACCGAUCUAGAUAUCCUGCUGGAUUUGGUAUCCAUCGGGACUCUCUUCGUGUUCUACAUGGUGGCCAAUGCAGUGAUAUACCGACGCUAUGUGGCCGUAGGGACGACGAAUCCAUGGCCGACCCUGUCCUUCUUGCUCUGCUUCUCACUCACUUGCGUCAUGUUCACUCUGCUCUGGCGCUUCGCGCCAACCGGCAAGCCCAAGGCCGUGAUGCUCGCAGCUUGUGUGGCUGCGGCCAUUGCACUCCUGCAGGUGUUCCUCUUCAUGGUUCCGCAGGCCUGGAAGCCGGAGAACUGGGGGGUCCCAUUCAUGCCGUGGAUACCAUCCGUAUCGAUCUUUCUCAACAUAUUCUUGUUGGGUGCUCUGAACAAGGGAUCUUAUGUCCGAUUCGGGUUCUUCUCGGGCCUCACGGUGCUCGUGUACGUGGUGUACAGCGUGCAUUCGAGCUUCGAUGCGGAGGAGGAGGGAAUUCUCUGUGGGAAGGCUGGAGAGAGCAUCAAGGAAGACUAUAUUCUAUAGCUCCUUUUCUUGCUGUAAUGUUGCACUUAAAGGAAUAUAUAGUCAACAACUGUAUAUCUAUUUUUAGGGCUGCAUCCAUCUAUUUUGAGCAACUUUUAACUGUAAA